CCUCCUCCUUCGAUAACACAAACAAAAAAGAAACUAAAGAAGCAAAAUAGGAACCCUAGAAAACCCAAAAUCAAAUUUCCCAAAACGAAAGAGAAAAGAAGAAAGAAAUCGUUUUUGUUGUUUCCGUUUUCCCUCUCUCGCAUACUUGUUUUUCACUUCUUUUUUUUUUUGUUUCUCUUUCUCUUUUUUGGUUUGUUUUCGUUUAUUUUCAGGAAACGAGAAAAUUCACACCGACUCAAGCGCCGGGUCUUUGUUCCAUUGGGAGAGCUCUAUAAAGAUUUAGCCUUGUCAAUCUAUUUUCUGGGUUUUCUUCAUAGAUGGUGAUGUUUUCUCUGUUUGCUUCUCUAAUGGUGGGUUUUGUGUUGUAAAUUUAGGGUUUUCAAUUUGUCCACUCCCUUUUUUGUGGGCCUUUUGAUUCUCUCCUCAAGGCUAUCAAGCAAGCGUUCAUUCCUGAUUGAAGGUGAGGUUUUAGUUGAACGAAGAUGUCAUCACCAUAUCCAAUUCUCGAUAAUCGACCAAUUGAUCAAUGGAAGGUUACAGAGUUAAAAGAGGAGCUCAAGAAGCGGAAAUUGACAACCAAGGGUCUGAAGGAUGAUUUGAUAAAGCGUUUGGAUGAAGCAAUACGAAUUGAAAGGGCAAAUAAUGGUCUUAAUGGUGAUCCCCAACCUGUUGUUGGGGUGAAAGUUGUAGAGCCACGUUCAGGUUCUAGAACGCCUAAAAGUAUCGGUUCUGGUGGACGUAAAAGGACUGAAAAAGUUGAUGUUCCAGUUCAGAUUGACAACCGCGCAGCAACCUUGGAUCAAGGGAAUAUUCAAGAAGGUUAUAUUUUGGUGGAUAAAGAUGCAUGUGCUAUUGUUGAAGAGGAGCUGGGUCAAUCAACUACUGUGGAAUCCACUGUGGAAACCAGUGUUACGGUCACCGAGAGUGUGGUAACUGAGGAAGUAGUAGUUGUGCAAGAUUCACAGAACACUGAAGCCAAUAAGGGGAAUGGGAAUUCAAAGCCCCUACUGGAGAAUGAGGACCCAAAGCCCCAGCUUGAGAAUGAGGAUCCAAAGCCCCAGCUGGAGAAUGAGAAACCAGAGCCCCAGCUGGAGGAUCCAAAGCCCCAGCUGGAGAAUGUUGAUCUAAAGCCCCAGCUGGAGAAUGAGGCUCUAAAGCCCCAGUUGGAGAUUGAGGAUCUAAAGCCCCAGCUGGAAAAUGAGGGUUUAGAGCCUACAGCCAAGGAUGACAUGCUCGGCUCUUCUGCUCCGAACUACCAGGUAUCUGAGGUCAGCAUUUUAGGGUCUGAAGUAAAAUAUGAUUCUAUUUCUACUGAUUCUGUCUCAAUUAAUGAAACGAUUGAACUAAAGGAUAAUAUAAUUGCUGAUCAUGUCAAAUUAGAAUUAGAUAUUGUUAAGCCGGAGAUGGUGGACCCAUCAUCCAGCACUGUUGUUCCAGUCAGUGGUGAUUCACAUCCAAUGGAUGUUGACGAGCCACUUGAGGACAAGGCAUCUCUUGGAGAGAAAGAUGACAACAUUACAAAUGCAGACAUUAGCAAGAAAAAUGAUAAUGCGGAUUUGGGGUACUCAGAAAUAUUAAAUUUAGAGAGAAGUUCUGGAGAUGAUUCUAUGGAAGAAGAUGUGUUGGACAGUAAACAAAUUGAUUCAAAAUAUAGUUCUGACGAUGUGGGAGAUAUUGGUGAGAAAAAUGAAGUUCCUAUUGUGAAUGAGGAAAGUUGUGCUGGUAUUGUGGGAGAUGAUAUUGCCACAGACAAAAAUGAUGUAAGUGUUGAGAACAAGAAUCAUCCAGCUCUUCCUGCUGAGAAAAGAAAGCUUAAUGAUCAAGCAGCAGUUGGAAGCAAUGAGCCUGUAAAGAGGCGCAGGUGGAACUCUGAAAACCUUAAAGUUCCAGAGCUGCAAAGCCCUCUUCAAACACCUUCAGUCACACCCAAGGAUACUUUCCAGACCCCCGGUUUGAAGCGUAGCUUUUCAAGAUCGAACUCUACAAUGAGUGAGGAUGCCCCCAAGGAACGUGUUGUUCCACCAUCGCAGAAGCCUCCAACUAAUUCCCUUAGAAUUGAUCGUUUUCUGCGACCUUUCACCUUGAAAGCUGUGCAAGAACUUUUAGGCAAAACUGGGAAGGUUACUGAUUUCUGGAUGGACCACAUCAAGACUCAUUGCUAUGUUACUUAUUCAUCAGCGGAAGAAGCCUUGGAGACACGGAAUGCUGUGUAUAACCUACAGUGGCCUCCCAACGGUGGGCGCCUUUUAGUGGCCGAGUUUGUUGAUCCCCAGGAAGUGCAAACACGGGUUCAGAUUCCUCAGACUCCUGCUACACCCAUCAGUAGCGGUCCCGCUGUUCCUGUUGCCCCAUCCACCUCACAGCCGCAGCCUUCACCCCGUCAACCUAGGCAGCAGCAGCAGCAGCUUCCGCCACCUCCUUCUCUUCCACCUCCACCACCUUUGACUGCCCCUUCCUCAGCAAGAGAACGGCUUCCUUUGCCUCCCCCACCUCCUCUACCAGAGAAACUUGAUACACCGAUUGUCACUUUGGACGAUCUCUUUCGAAAAACCAAGUCAACUCCUCGAAUCUAUUACUUACCUUUGUCGGAAGAACAAGUGGCUGAAAAACUUGCAGCACAGGGCAAAAAUGCCAAGCAGUAGGAGCAUCGCCACAGUCCAUCCAUGGCUGCUGUUCAGAUUUUCUUUUCAGUCUGUCAGUAUGUUAGAUGUAGGGAAGUGUCUUGUAAUUGCAUGUUUAAUCGAUUUUGGUUAUUAUGAAAUCUUGUUGAUGGUUGAGAGGGCCUGAAGACCAAGUGUUUUUCUAUAUUAGUAUUAGAACCCUUAUAGACUGAGCCUUAUUUAUUGGCUUGUGGAUCCAUUUGUAUCUUCGUUUACUUUGGAAGUAGAGUUCCAAUUUCACAUUACUUUAAACUGAUGGAGCCUAAAUUAUAUUGAUGAAUCUGGAUUUUGAA